CCCCGCAGCCCUGCUAGCAGACGCACGUUCCGCGCUCGGCCUUGGCGGCAAGGGGGGCAGCGACCUCAAGCCCCGCCCCACCCCACGAAACCGGGGGGGGGGGGCGGGGCGCGCGCGUGACCUCCGUGAAGGUGGUAACAAGGGCCGCGAACGUUCGGCCUGUGGAACGUGGUGAAUCGGGGAGGGGCCGAACCAGGCUGCUGUGGCCUCGCGGGAGGGGCCAGGGAGAGCGCGGGGGGCGGGCUCGGGCCAGCCCCCUUCUCGUGCUGCGUGUAUUAGAGGUCACCCGGCCUCUUGCUGCUGCAGCUGCUCCCAGCCCCACGGAGCUCAGUAGGUUCUCCCAGUUCCAGGGACUCUUCCCAGCUGGCAGGAGCAGGUGCCGGUCUCUCUGCGGAAAAAGGACGUCACAACCAGUCUUUAAACCAUGAGCUCCCUCACGAUCCAGUCCUUCCGGGAGAUGAUGAAAAGCCUGCUGAGCUCAUCCAACUUUGAUGGGGUGUUGAGUAAGAUGACAGUUCUUUCUGCAACUCCUGGAAAGCUUGUUUGUGAAAUGAAAAUAGAGGAGGAGCACACAAACAGAGGUGGCACAUUGCAUGGAGGUUUGACCGCUACACUGGUAGACGUAGUGUCAACAGCAGCAUUGUUGUACACGGAAAGAGGAAUGCGUGGGGUCAGUGUGGAUAUGAACAUUACAUACAUGUCUGCUGCUAAGAUUGAGGAAGAGAUAUUGAUCACAGCUCAGAUUCUGAAGCAAGGAAGAAGUAUUGCCUUUGCCAGCGUGGAUGUAACAAACAAGGCAACAGGAAAGUUUGUAGCACAAGGAAGACAUACUCUAUACCUAGGACAGUAAUACAAGAAAAUAAUAUCUAAAAAGGAAAGUUUGUGCUUAAGAUGCUAGCAUUGAUUUUUUUUUCUAUUUCAAGCUGUAUCAAGUUACCACAAUCUGAAGGCAAGUAAAUGAUCUAUGUAAAAUAAGUUGGUCUCAGUCCCAUUCCUAGUGGAAAAGAGUUCACAUUGUAACUGACGCUAAUUCUGAGCUUGUUGCAGUCUUGGUAGAGAGACUAAGGACUGAAGAGACAUGGAGACCAAUGUACUUUUUCUGUGCCUGAAGAUAAGGUCAGUAUUGAGGCUCACUAGUAGUACUGUGUGGGGAAGCUUUCUGCUCCCCAUUUUGUACCUCUCUUAUGAAAAUAUGUUUCUAGUCUCCAGGGCUGUCAGUUCAUAAACUUUCAAAAACCAAAGCAACUAAUCAACUGCAUUUUUUGGUCCUAUACUGUAAAGUGAUAUUAAAGUAACAGGUGUUACUUGUGCAGUAUUGCUAUUUUUAGUUAUUAAUCUGAAAUAAUAAUAUUUUGCAAAUGGAAAAUGUAAUACAUUGAGAACAUAGGUAAGUCUUUAUAUUUGGCAAAUACCUAACUGAUUAAAAAAUUCCAGAAGUGCACUUUUAAUAAAAGCUCUCACACUACAA